AUGCAACCAACCCCGGGUUUCAGUGUGGCCCGACCAAACAUUUCGACUCAUAGCUUGCACCCGGCGACUCAGAGGGAGGUGGACUGUGGCAACAUUAUUGUAGAUCCACGAGCCUACGGAACCAUUCCCGCUAACUCACGGGCUACCAAGUGCCCGCUUUGCAAACAAACACUUGUGACAAAAGACUACCAACUCACAUUUCGGAAAAGCCAAGCACAGAAGGGCUUUGCAAUCAGCUCAUCCGAAUCAGUCGCCAAGGGUCAGAGAAAGCGCCAGCCUCUUUGUUUGAAGUGCAUAAAGCGGCAUUUCGGUCCUGUCACCCAGUGUGGUGACAACCUGACAAUCAGCGUAGCAAGGACCAACCGGGGCUCGGCGGGUUCGGUUGAAAUUUGGUUUCAGCGCAAGUCACUGGGGGAGGAAUGGAGACAAUUGAAGGAGUUGUCGGGCGAAGAGAUCGGCAACCUGCGAGAGAAGGCAGAGGAGGAACGGCCGGGCGGGCGCCGCAAGACAACUGCAGCGCAAGCAGCGGUGAACAGGGGGCGAAAAGUGGGGGAGACAGCAAGAUCCAGCGCGCAAGUGAAGGGACAACCUCACACAGAAAACGGCGACGCGUCCGACGCAGAGGAUCGCCGAACCAUCAUCGACCAAGCUGUGAUGUAUCUCGAUGGCCUCCGAUCAGGAGAGUGCGCUUUUUACAGCGUCGGCGAGCAGGAAUCCGCUGGUACAGUCUAUCUGGAUAGUACUUGGAAUCACAACGCCGCCAGACCCAAACCUCUCGGGCGCCCUAGCAAAGUGCGCGCGUUGCUCGAGACGGUGCAUCGGGACACCAUGGGAAACCUGAGCUGCACCUGCGACCGGGGCCGGUUGUACUCUCAGGCACCCUGCGUGCACAAACUUACGCUACAGGCGUUGGAGUCGCCGAGGCUAGCUAGCGCCAUAUUGCUGCAAAAGGGGCCACGGGUGGUAGAAAUCCCAUGCGACAGGGUCGGGGAGCGGGUUUUUGGGGUGUAUUGGAAUGCUGGUUCGCCCUCACCUCAGCGGACCAUGGUCCACUAUAGCGAGGGGGCGCAGAUGGGCUGGUAUUGCGAGGGGCAGAAGAGCGGCGGAUGCAGCAAGACGGCUGACUGUUCGCACAUCCAAGGGGUGAAGCGAGCUUUGAGUGGACCGGGCGGCGUGGAUAAACUGAGCAAGAUCUCGUUCUCGGAGGGGCAGCUUGAGCUUGCAAAAACGUCCUUGAAGGGCGGGCUAGUGGAUAGCCGUGGUGGUGACGGCAUGGCGCACAGCGGGCAGUAUGCACCGGAUGCCGACGUGGAGGGGUACCUCGCGGAGCUGGUCGUUGGCAGUCACGAGAGGGCCGCAUGCGAAGGGCCAAGUUGCUUCUGCAAGCAGCAUGCGAGGGUGUUCGGCGGCGCUGAUGUGGACGAGGAGCCCUGCGCAGCGAGGUGCUGCGCGUCUGCUCAAACGAACGGAAAGCGAGCUCGAUCGGAGCAAGGAGAAGGUUCCGGUAGCGUUGGGGAAGCGAGCGCGAGAUCGGGCAAACGGAGAACCAAAUCAUUUUGGACGGCAAAAGGCACAGAGAUGGAGAAGUCGAACGCUGCAACGGGCAGCGUGGAGGAGGCUGAUUUGAAAACAGCCGAGGAGAGGGGGCGGAGAACGGAGAGCGCCCCCCAGGUCGAUGAUCGGAACGCGUUCUCGAUUCCGGUGUGUAACAUCUGCUUGUGCCCCUCGAACGUGUGCACGCAUGGUGCCUCCCACGGGUUUGCGACGGUGUUGCCUAUGGAAGCUGAGGGCGUGCAGCUGGAGGUGCCCAAGCUCGUUCGUCCUACUGACUCCUGGCAGGUCCACGACCCCGAGGUGUCGCUGCUGCAAAGGCCCAUUCGAGUCAGCGAGCUCACGGCCCGGGAUUUCGAAGAGCUUAGCGCUGCACAGAGUCUUUCCGCCCCGUGCCCGCUAGCGCCACCUCCUUGCCGGACCAGAUGGUUGGGGCUGUGGCAGAAUGCCCACGUAUACGACUUGUAUUGGUCGCAAGAG